CAGACCAUAAAUUCCGAAGUUAUUUUAGUCUAAAUUAUCUUUAUCUAAUCCACUCGCUGAAAUUCGUACGACGAGGCUCAGAGAAGGGAAACGACAACUCGACGACAGCACGAGCAAAUGGCAAUGGGCUCACAAACAGCACUCUGUAUGUUCUCUUGCUCCUCCUCUUCCUCUUCCUUCGGCUUGUUGCUCUCAAAUUCAUUCUCUAAAACAUCCCUCAGACCCUUCAGUUCCUCUCAAAUACCACCUUAUGAUAAUCCCACAAAAUCCCAUCUUCUCAGAUUUCCCAGAGCAAGAACCAGAGCCACUCUGGAUGAUACAGAGCAAAGUGCCUCCACCACCCCUCCUCUUGUCCAGGAAGGAAAACCCAACAGAGAAGUAGAAGAGAGUUUGAAAGUGCUGAAAAAUGCUGCUAAGACGAGAAAGGUUGCGGCAGAAGACGUUUUGUCUGCUCUUUCUGUGAUUGAGAAGGCAAAGAUUGAGCCCUCUGGGUUUCUUGAUACGCUUGGUGGAUCCAAAUCCCCUGGCAGAACAUGGAUGCUUAUUUUUACUGCUGAGAAUCAAUUGAAGCGCGGUCGAUAUUUUCCUCUUUCCGCUGUUCAGAGGUUCGAUGCAGCUGCAAAGAGAAUUGAGAAUGGAGCUUAUCUUGGACCAAUUGGAUCCUUAACCUUUGAAGGCAGAUUUUCAUGGAAGCAGAGAAAACUGGCCUUCAUUUUCGAGUGUAUUCGUAUCAAAAUUGGACCUUUGAAUCCUUUGGAGAUUAGCCUUGGCCAAAAAGAAGACAGGGAGCCAAGCACCAAGAAGGAUCCUUUCUUUAUCUGGUUUUAUGUUGAUGAGGAAAUAGCAGUUGCUCGAGGCAGAAGUGGAGGGACUGCAUUUUGGCUGCGCUGUCGCCGUGUUGCUGCUUGAUCGUUCAUUUGAUUUUCAAGUCAAAUAUACCUGCACAAAAAUUUCUGUAACAGUACCGUUAGAUGCAGCAUAUAGUUAUCAGUCUAUUCUAUUCAGAUUCCAUUUGUAUUCUGGUUGUAUUUCUGUUAGCUCUGUUUAGAUAUUGUUAGCUGAUGGUUAGGCUCUAUAAAAGGGAAAGAUAUUGGAGGUUCCUUGGCCCUCGAAUCUUGCUCCUAUCAAUAUAGCUACACAGUUCCUUCUUUCAUUAAUCCAUUUCUUCUCUCUUUUCCA